AUGGGCACGUCCUCGCCAGCUCGCCCUAUUGACAUGUGUAAUGUACGCGUAUUGUUUAGUUACUUUGGUGGGAAGCUCAUCCAGUGUUAUCGUUCUCAAAUGCGGCAGACCCUCAACGGCACAAGACCUUCUAAGUUGCUUUGGUGGGAAGCUCAUCCAGUGUUGUCAAAUGCGGCAGACCCUCAACAGCACAAGACUUUCUAA